UCAAAGAGGAGAAAACAGAAGUUUUAUCUUGCUAUUUUAUUACACAUACCUUGACUUGGCGGUUAGGACUUUUUUUUUUGAUAGAACCAACCACCAUCAAGAUGUCCAUUCUAGUUCAACAAUCACCAACCUCAAAGGACAAUCUAUUUGAAAAUAAUUCUUAUAAUGACAUGAAGAAGAAACUACAGAAGUCUCCUGAAGAUACCGUCAACCCAGCGCCUUCUUCCCCUUCAAAGAGGGUAUUUCUUCAUCAAAUGAGUCCCAAUGUGGCUAAAUCAACCUACCUUCAUCAGACAGCGACCAAGGACAUCCAGACUAAGCCUGCCGUUAAGCCAAGCAAAUUUCAACGACCACAGUUCCCCAGUACGUUGAAGCCGCCUAUGAAUAUCCGGUCCAAGACGUUAAUGAACUUCACCAGUACUUCUUCGACAUCGGCAUCUCCCUUCGAGUUAAGAAGGUCAAACAGUUUAAUAUCCUCCGAAUCGACAUCGUCGUCUUCUUCCACUGACAGAUUCAUUCCAUCUAGGCAUAAUUCCACCACGGGGAAAUUAGAAACUACUAUAAAUACACCUUCUCCUAAUGCAUCUCCCAAGACUCAUAUCAAAGCACAAACAUCCAAGAUUUACCAACACCAUGUUGCCGAAGCAUGCGGUCUUGAUGUUAAUUCCAAAAUAUUGUUGUAUAAACCAUUACCACCUGAACGUAAAAAGCCUGCCAACUUAUUCUCCACAAACACAAACAAGUUAAAAUUAACCAAUGGGUUACCACCGUCAAUUGCGUCGGCAAGAGCUAAGAAAAUACCUACAUGCCCAGAUCGUGUCCUUGAUGCCCCAGGGUUAGUCGACGAUUUCUACUUGAAUUUACUCAGUUGGUCUCAGAAUAAUUUAUUAGCCAUUGGAUUGGAUAAUUCGGUAUAUGUCUGGAAUGCCAGCACGGGAAGUGUAGGACUCCUUUGCGAAUUACCAGUAAUGGUAACAUCAGUACGUUGGUCAAAUGAUGGGUCGUACAUCAGUAUUGGUAAGGACGACGGGAUAAUUGAGAUUUGGGACAUUGAAACCAAUACAAAAUUAAGAAAUUUAAAUUGUAAUAAUCAUGCCACAAGAAUCGCGGCCCAAUGUUGGAAUCAACAUAUCUUAACUAGUGGUGAUCGAUUAGGUAACUUGUACCAUUCCGAUGUAAGAAUCUCCCAACAAUAUGUCAAUAUGAUGUCAUCACAUUCUGCCGAGAUCUGUGGGAUCGAAUAUAGAAACGACGGUGGACAAUUUGCCAGUGGUGGUAACGAUAAUUUAGUAUGUAUCUGGGACGUGAGAAACACCACCCCAUUAUUUAACAAGUCCAAUCAUAAGGCCGCAGUUAAGGCACUUUCAUGGUGUCCUUAUCAGCCUUCACUUUUAGCCACUGGAGGUGGAUCCAGUGACAAGACAAUAAACUUCUGGAAUACAACCACAGGAUCUCGAGUUAAUACCAUUGAAACCGGAUCACAAAUAUCAAGUCUAAACUGGGGUUAUUCUAAUGGUACUGGGUUAGAAAUCGUCGCUACCCAUGGAUUCCCCACCAACUCAAUCUCAUUAUUUAAUUAUCCUACAUUACAAAAGACUGGAGAGAUCAACAGUGCUCACGACUCAAGAAUCUUGAAUGGGUGUAUAAGUCCCGAUCAUUGCACUUUGGCUACUGUUGCAGGUGAUGAAAAUUUGAAAUUUUGGUCCUUGUUUGAUUUAGUCAAAAAUAAACGUGAGUUUGGUGACGUGACUGAUGUUGAUGGAGAGGAUAAGUCGGAAGUUGAAACUAAACGUAUUAAAAAGAUGAUGAGUUUAAGAUAGAUUAUUUUGACUUUAUAGUAAUAUAAGACGAUAAAAUUUUAGCAGACAGUAUAUUCGAUGUUAAAAUUUUAGUAGCCAUGCAUCAAUAAACAAAUUCCAACAUUUUCUUUUUUGAUGUUAAAAACACAGCCAAACAGGAAAGAAAAAUGAUGGACUGAUUACAUUCUUGACAUGUGUCUUACCCCUCCGACUUCCGCAAGAUAUCAUACUCAACAUUACAUAUUUCAGGGACAGCAUUUGAAGUUCGUAGAUAUCGAGAUUCCACUUAUUGUGAUUGGUGUGAGCAUGUUAAUUUGAAAAAGUCUGAUCUUUAUGGUAACAGGAUAAUGCACUUAGAUUGUUGCGUUCGAGCACUUGAUGUUGCUGAAAUGGAUUUACAGCAUAUCCAAUUACAACAUGAUCUCAAGAGGGAAAAUAUCACAUUAAAACAAAUGUUCCAAGACGUAGGUAGAAAUAUUCUACAUAUUUCACAACUCAAAUAGACAUUAUUCUUCUAAUAUUCUCUAAUUUAAGAAAUGUAUUAGUAUCAGUAACGGGGUACUUGUAUAUAUUGCUGCAAAAAACUCCCCUCCCCAAGCCUGGAAGUGUUCAAGUCAUUUACCUUCAACAAACUCCUUAUUUCU